AUGGAGAAGAGAGAAAGAGCUCACUGUCUGGUCUUUUUCUGUCCAAUCCAAGGCCACAUUAAUCCCAUGCUCCAGUUCUCCAAGCGUUUAGAGCACAAAGGACUCGAAGUCACAUUGAUCACUACCCGCUCUGUUCACAAGGCCACGCAUGAAGGAGGAGAAGAACAAUCUACAACAUCAUUCUCUUCCAUUGCAUUGGAGACCAUUUCUGAUGGCUUUGAUGGAGAAGGUGGGAGUGCCCAAGCAGAGAGCGUCCAGGCCUACAGGGACCGUGUUCGGGAAAUCGGCUCGCAGACUUUGGCUGAGCUCAUUGACAAGCUCUCUGCCUCAGGCCACCCUGCGGAUUGUCUAGUUUAUGAUCCAGUUUUUCCUUGGGCUCUUGAUGUGGCCAAAAGGGUUGGGAUUGCUGCGGCUGCUUUCGUCACUGUAUCUUGUGCUGUUACCAACAUAUUCUCUCUUGUCCAUAAUGGGCUGCUCAAACUUCCUCUCAAUCCUGACUCUCAGAUUUUGCUGCCUGGAUUGCCACCUCUUCAACCUUCAGACACCCCAUCUUUCAUCCAUGUUCCUGAAUCUUACCCUGCUUUCCUUAAACUGUCUGUAGAUCUGUUUUCUAAUCUUAACAAAGCUGAUUGGGUCUUCUGCAACACGUUUUAUGAGCUGGAACAAGAGGUGAUAGAAUAUAGGAUGACAAAGUUUUGGACAUUAAGGACGAUUGGACCAACCAUACCAUCUAUGUACCUGGAUAAGCGUCAUGAAGACAACAACGAAUAUGGUCUCAGCCUCUUAAAGCUAAACAGUGAUGCCUGCAUGAAAUGGUUAAAUGCAAAGCCAAAAGGGUCUGUAGCAUACAUGUCGUUCGGCAGUAUGGCAGAACUGGAAGAAGAGCAAAUGGAGGAAUUGGGUUUGGGUUUGAGGAGAAGCAAACGCUAUUUCUUGUGGGUGGUGAGGACGUCAGAAUCAGUUAAGCUGCCAAAAGGGUUUGCAGAGGAGACAUCUGAGAAGGGUUUGGUGGUUUCAUGGUGCCCUCAAUUGGAAGUUUUGGCACAUGAGGCUGUAGGAUGCUUUGUCACACAUUGUGGUUGGAACUCUACAUUGGAGGCCUUGAGUUUGGGAGUUCCAAUGGUGGCAGUGCCACAAUGGGCUGACCAGAGCACCAAUGCCAAGUUCAUCAUGGAUGUGUGGAAAAUAGGGCUUAAAGCUCAAGCUGAUGAGAAAGGGAUAGUGAGAGGAGAAGAAAUAGCACAUUGUGUGAGAGAAAUAUUGGAUGGGGAGAGAGGGGAGGAGAUUCGAAAGAACGCUUCGAAGUGGAAAGCAUUGGCCAAGAAUGCAGUGGAUGAAGGUGGAAGUUCUGAUAAAAACAUUGAUGAGUUCAUUGCAAAACUGGUUCUCAGCUAG